AUGUGCAACACGAAAAUCUUCAUCGUCACCGUGAACGUCAAGCCAGAGAAUAUGAAAACAAACAAAUUGAUUGCAAAGUAUGAUCAAGAACUACUUGCUGAUGAUGAUGAAUCACUGGACUUUACCCAAUUCCAAAUCCUUAACAUCCUCGAUGAGGCUGGGUGGGAAAUCUUUGCUACAAUAGCUCCCACAGUUGAGAAGGGGUCCCAACAACCUUCCCAGGAUCUGUAUGCCAGCCUCAAUUCCGAAAAAUUCUAUUUUGAAUAUCACGAAGAUAAUGGACAUGCCUCCAUUAGAUCAAAGCCAUCACAGCCCAGAUUCGCCAAGGAUCUCAAACUCAACAACUUUUUACACUUGCCGCACUACUCGGUAAAAGAGGUGGUUGUUCUCGAGAAGAUCUUUGCUGGGCUUGGCUAUAUAGCCAAAGUCUCGCUCAACGGCCAAGAAAUGUGUUGCAAGUGUGUAAAGCCCGAUACAAUAAAGGCAGUGCAGAGAGAAUACGAAUGUCUACAGAAGGUGGCGAUGUCCAAGGUCGCCCCGGGUGUCCGAACACCGAAACUCCUAGGCUUUGUAACGGAUGAUAGCGGCGACGUGGUGGGCAUCUUGGAAACUUUCAUACCUCAUAAGCAAAACCUCUCGAAAAUAGAAGGAGGUAUCAACGGUAUCCCCGAAGCGCAGCGACGAGAGUGGGCAAGACAAAUCAAAGACACGAUGGAGACUUUGCAUAAUAUUGAUGUUAUUUGGGGAGAUGCGAAAGCACAGAAUGUUCUCAUCCAUAGUGAGACAAACGCUUGUUACUUGGUGGAUUUUGAAGGUAGCUGGACUAACGGGUGGGUGGAUGAAAAUUUGAAGGAGACGCGACAAGGAGAUGAGCAGGGCUUGAAAAGAAUUAUUCAAUAUUUAGGACUCUGA